CAGGAGCACUCUUGCGAGAUAUGUGGUAUGUCCGGCAUGUCAGAUGAUACGAUGCGGGAACACACGCGCCAAUGCCACGUGGAAGGCAAUGCUCAGUGUCCAUUUUGUGGGCUCAGCGGCGUGCCGGCAGCUGAACUAUUACUGCACGUAAAUCAAGCCCAUCUGGACUAUCUCACUCCGGAAAAUGAGUUGAUGAGUUUUAUUGAUGAUCAGACUCCCAGUAUUGACGGUGACUCUGACUCUAUUUCCGAUUGUCGGGGUUUGUCACCAUCAAUCACAGCUGAGCUUCUCACUCCGGUGUCCAACACCGUCAACAAUAAACCUGGAUUGAGUAAUGGAGCUAUGUUGAUGAACAGCUCAUCAGUUACUAGUUCGACAGCUCACCAGAAUAGUGUCAACAAUGGAACAAGCACUAGCAGCUACAAAGUGAGUUCAUCGAUGAGCAAUUCAGCUACCAGUAUCAGCAGUGGUAAAUCUACUGCUGGAGUUCAGAUGAAUGGAUUUUGUAAUGGUAGCACGAGUACGAGCUGUAGUAAUUACAGUCAUACAAGCAGUAGUGCAAACAAGAUCAAUCAGCAGCAGCCGUUAAGUAGCCAGUAUCCUGAUGUUAUGGUAACAAGUACAAGCGAAAAAAGCUGUGAUAUGAACGAAAGUAAAGAAAUGAUAAUGAACGGUGGAGGAGCGGGAUGUACUAGCGGCACGUCAGUGAGUGGUACGGCGACUACCAGUGGUACUCCUAAUGGAAGCGGCGCUGGUGGGCAAGGAUCUCCACUUCGGUCACAACUGGGACUUAAACUGAAAUCUCACAAACCGAUUCCUACCAUCACAACUAAACCAAGUCCAUUGCAGUGUUUGUUAUGCCCGUAUACAACCGAAAAUCCGACGGUGCUAGAAGAGCAUAUUAAUCGAUCACACUUUGAUCCAUUGAGUCCUAGCAUAAAUAACGAGAACAGCGGGAAUUCCCAUGUAGAUACCCUUAGCGCUUUGCAAUGUCCGAUUUGUGCCAGGACUUUCGAGUCUGGUUCAGACUUGGAACUACACGUUAACAUAGAACAUCGUGAUAUUUUGAGCCCGGCGAAAGCUGACCGACAAAAUGGGGGAACACCGGCGGCAGCUGCUACAGUAAAUGGUAGCUUAACUGGCAGUCUGUGUCCGGUAUGCGGAAUAUCGUUUGACAAUAUGAAAACUGCAGAUAUGGAAAUACACAUUGAGAAACAUUUUAGCAAAAGUCCACAAAAUCCAGUCACAGUCGAACCUGACCUAGAAAAACAAGCACAAAAACUUCGCGAGCAACGGGAAUUCGAAAUGCUACGAGCACAGUACGGUAUGGAUGAUCAAGGAAACUUUCGGGAACAAUCUGCGGCCGCUAUGCAACGGGCUGUUUAUGCCGGUGAAAUGAGUGUUGCCGAUUAUUACGAACGACAGGUUGGGCUGAGAGCCGCAGAAUCUCACGGAGUGGACGAUGGUUCGUCUUGUACAAAAACUGUAUCGCCGAGAGUUCUUGCACUUUCUUCAUCUUCACCUAAUGUGCUCAAGACGUACGUUUGCUCGAGCGUAGACCACUAUGCUUCUAGCUACGGGGAUAAAGGGUGGGGUUGCGGCUAUCGAAACCUUCAGAUGAUGCUUUCGUCGUUGUUGCAGAAUACCGCUUAUAAUGAAGCACUCUAUUCUGCGUGGGGAUCUCAUGGUCCGGCACGGACAGCUAUGCCCAGUAUUUCACGUUUACAACGUAUGGUUGAAGCCGCCUGGGCACAGGGUUUUGAUUUACAAGGCUCCGAACAACUCGGAUGCAAACUGUACAACACGCGGAAGUGGAUCGGAGCGACAGAAAUCGUUACAGUACUUUCGUGGCUGAGAAUUCGUUGUGAACUGGUGGAUUUUCAUCGACCAACGUCCUUAGAUGGACGUCAUCCUGAGCUUUUUAAUUGGGUUAUGCGUUACUUCGAAGAACCUAGAAUACAUACACCGCCAUUAUAUCUACAGCAUCAAGGUCACUCAAGAACCAUAAUAGGAAUUGAACAGCGCACCUCUGGGCUGUCGCUACUGGUAUUAGACCCUAGUCAUGGCCCUCGACAGGUUGCAGCUCUAGGGUCUUCCCAAGACUCGCUGCGGUUGAUUCGGAAAAACUCGGCUGCAAUGAGAGCACCUCAAUACCAAGUGGUAGCCGUUAAAGGACUUAUCGAAACGGAAGAGCAAUAUCAGGCGAGUAAAGUCUUGCGAUCUCUUAGAAUACCACCCGACCGUUGACGUGUUGUUUAUCCGACAUUCGUCCGUGUCUUGCUGAUUUAAGGG